CGCUGAAGUAAGUAGACGAAGAUUUUUGGAACGGUUUCUACCAAAUUCAGAGAGAGGGAGAGAGAGAGAGAGAUAUGGCGGUGGAGAGUUCGGAUGACAUCUACGUUCUGCCAGAAGAUUGUAUAGCCACCGCGCUUUCGCUCACCAGCCCUAAGGACGCUUGCCGUCUCUCGGCGGUCGCCUCCACAUUCCGAUCCGCCUCCGAAUCCGACGCCGUUUGGGCCCGCUUCCUUCCCUCCGACUAUCGAGACCUAAUUUCCCGUGCUCUCGACGGUGGCGAUUCACUUCUUUCUAAAUUUCGUACUAAGAAAGACCUCUAUCUUCACCUCUGCGAUCAUCCGAUUGUAAUUGACGAUGGCCGCCAGAGUUUCCAAUUGGAGAAGCUGAGUGGUAAGAAAUGUUAUAUGUUAUCUGCAAGGGACCUCUACAUUGUGUGGGGAGAUACUCCUCAAUAUUGGCGAUUCAUCAGUCUCCCUGAAUCCAGGUUUCCAGAGGUGGCAGAGCUCCUCGAUGUUUGUUGGUUUGAAAUAAGGGGGAAGAUAAAGAUGAGCAUGCUAUCUGGUGGCACUAAUUAUGCAGCAUACCUUGUGUUCACUAGCAAGUCAAGGAUAUAUGGAUUUGAUCAUCAAUAUGCGGAUGGUUAUGUGGGAGUCAGCGGGCGUGAAAGUGAGAAACGUAACGUUUGUUUGGAUCCAGAUGGAGUGCAGAGGCAUAGAUAUCAGAUUGUACCGAGACGUGUAGGGUGGUUCUACCACCGCUUAACUCAAAUGCGAAACCCGGAAGCCAUGCUGCCUGAGGAGGAAACGGAGUAUCCAAAGCAGAGAGACGACGGGUGGAUGGAGGUAGAGCUGGGAGAGUGGUUUGUAGAGGAAGGACAAGAUGGAGAGCUGGAGGCAAGUGUGAUGGAGGUGAAGGGAGGAAACUGGAAGAGUGGGAUCAUUGUUCAAGGGAUUGAGAUUAGACCUAAAGAGAGAAAGUAGAUAGACACAUUAUUAUUCUCAUGCUGAUCAAUGUUCAUAGUAAUUGUCUGUAAGAAUUUCUUGUAAUGUUCGGUGUUGUUAUCGUUGUAUUGUCAUGUUGUUCUCUUAACUUCUGAUGUAAGAUUGUCAUGUUGUUCU